GCCAUCUUGUUGCAAUCCUAUUUUUUACGUAUGCGAGGAUCUACUUUCCGUUCGGCCGGAUUAAAAAUCGUCCGUCUGCUUCUAGGAGAAACACAGGGGACGAACAGAUCGGGCGUGCGGGUGUGAACCGUGCACACGGCGCUUCCUAUCGGGACACUACCUACCCCUCGGUCUUUUUCCUCCUUCCGUCCCGGGCCACCGGGUCGCCUGCCGUGAGGGUUUACGCGCAAUGAGCAUCGAAACACUUUUGGAGGCGGCCAGAUAUCUGGAAUGGCAAGCCCAGCAACAACAGAUCACACGUGAGGAAGAACAGCGCAAAGAGAAGGAGCUCAUCAACAAGGAGGUGGAGUCGAGGCGUGUGGAACUUGUGACUUCGCUGUCUCAGCCGGUCAGAGCCAACCACAUCACUUGGGGCGAUGACACUCACCGCCAACAACCGCAUAACCCUCCUGCCCUUCCGCCCCCCUCUCUCCCGCCCCCUCAAGUCCCCAUCGCCGUCAUCCCAAUGGUCCCAGUUGUCACUGCGACACCCUCUGUCCCGACCCUUCCGCUUACAACGCCGAUUGCUGCGGCAGCGACGUCGCUUAACAGCUCCCCGCCAGCCAAGAAUGCUUCCUCCCCUCCACAGCAGCAGCAGCCGGCCUCUCCUCACUUGUUGUGCACCCCCCAGAUGAAGGUAGAGACCGGUCAGCAGCUGGUUGGUGCAAAGUCCAGCCAGUCACAGCCUCAGGUUCAGAUUCAGUACCCAACCUCCAUCAGCACUAAUAACCCUGGCUCGCAACAUGCAUUGGUCCCCCAUCAAGCUCCACCCACAUCUCAGCCGCGGCCUAAUGGAGUGACGAUGGAGGACAUGAGGGGGAUGGAAGGGAAGAGGAGACCAGGAGGAGCGGGGACCAGAGAGGUGCAUAAUAAACUGGAGAAGAACAGGCGAGCGCACCUCAAAGAGUGUUUUGAGACGCUGAAGAAGAACGUUCCAAAUGUCGAUGAGAAGAAAACCUCCAACCUCAGCGUUCUCCGCAGUGCUUUGCGUUACAUACAGACUCUGAAGAGGAAGGAGAAGGAGUACGAGCAUGAGAUGGAGCGUUUGGCCAGAGAGAAGAUCGCUACGCAGCAGCGGCUGGCAGAGCUGAAGAACGAGCUCAGCCAGUGCAUGGACGUCAUCGAGAUCGACAGAGUCCUCCGUCAGACCAUCCAGCCAGAGGACGACCAGGCCUCCACAUCCACUGCCUCAGAAGGAGAAGACAACUUUGAGCAGGACAUUGACGAUGAUGUCCCAGCUCCUAUUCCGGCACCCGCGUCCCUCCCCAAACCAACACCUCCCAUCUUACAAGCCCAGCCGCUCCUCACCUCUCACCUGUCAAUCCAGCACACCACCCUGCCUCUCUCUGGUGUCCUGACUACACCCUCCUCCUCAGCUCCACCUCCACCUCAAGCCAUCGUCUCUGCUCCGGCCCCAGGUCCGCCCCCUCCUCUGCCGGCUCAUCCCGUUCAGCCCCCAGCUGUGCAGGUUCAGCCUACUGUCAUCGCUCACGCCGCGGUCUCCCACCCAUCAGUGAUCCAGGCUGUCAAUCACGGCCUGCCAGCCAAUCACAAGCACCUGACGCACAUCGCCCCUUCGCCUGGUCCCAACUCCUCCACCCCACAGCCGAUCGCAGCGGCUCCUGCUGCCACCGCCACUCACCAGCCGAUAGCUGCCCAGCCCAUCGGACACAUCACCGUCCACCCUGUGGCUCACCUGGGAGGCCCCUUGUCAUCCCACCUCCCAACUCUCUACCCCCAGGGCGUGUCUGUCUCCCAGCCCACCAUGGUGGGCCACAUCACUCACACCUUCACCCAUCACACCCUGCCGCACGUCCAGGCCAAUCCUCAAGCUAACACUAACGGAGCCCAGGUGAACAGCGCAGCCAUGAUGAGCCAGGGGAACCCGUCGCUAGGGAAACCCACAGCUGUGCUGGCCCCCCACCCACAGCUGGUUGGACAGGCUGCCGUCCUCAACCCUGUCACUAUGGUUACAGUCCCAACCUUCCCUGUCAGCACACUCAAACUGGCCUGAAAGAGUAAAACAUAGCUGGGACGGACUGAUGAAAGGAAGACAGGUGAAGGAGAGAAAGAUUCAGAACUUCUGGAUGAGUUUUCACACUCCUACCAAUAAUCACUAGCAGAGAAUCUCUGACAGACACAUGCAAAUUUACAAAAGAAGAACAUCAACUGUUUUUUGGACAACCUGCGAUGAAUAUGUCCAGAUAUUUUUGUCACAGCUGUGAUAGUUUGUGAACAACAACAUUAAAGCAGAGUCAGUGGGUCAGGCCAUUGUUCGUGAAAAUAAGACUGUGACAUUAGUCUGUGCUGCAAAGACAGGAACUCUGUUUUACCUUCCUACCUUCCUUCCUUCUUACCUACCUUCCUUCCUUCCUUCCUCCCUUCCUUCCUUUACAACCAGAAGCACUAACAUAAUAAGCUCAGUUCACACUCAGGCAUCAAGGAUUUACCUUAACUUUUCAUUCACUCAUUGAGGGCAAACGCAUGAAAGAGUUGUUUGUCGUCAGGCUGUUGCCCCUGGAGAUGGAGUGUGUGUGCCCGUUUUGUAUUCAUAUAUUCAUGUCAUGUCAUGUGGGACAUUCUGGUGGAAUAAUGUCACUGAUAUGUUUGAGGGCAGGAGGAGAAGGCAGCUCAGUCGUCUUACUCAUCAGAAUUAAUGACACACAGGGCAUGUACCAUAGUCCGCUAAAUAGAGCUAAAGCAUCGUCACUUACUGAUUUUCUUCACUUUUUGUUGUCAGGGACACUGACAGAAAAGUUUCUCAUCUACAUUGCUUCCAGUUUCUUUUUCCCCUCACUUUUGCUCUCCAGUCUGAGCAAAAACUUGCUCCUUGGAGUGACCGUUCAGCCCUCUCCAACGUCCUUCUAAAUGAAGGUUCCUCACUAAUGCACUUGGCACCAAACACCUUGCAAAUAGUAAACCAGAUCCAAUUUGCAGCUAAAAAAGAAGGAAAAAGACACAACCUCAUCACCUUUAUAUGUGAUUUCUGUUCUGCCGUCAGCUUCUGUCCCAAGUGUCCCACUCAGCAGUGGAGUUAUUUAUCCACCUCCCCUUGUGGCUUUCUUUUUGGAGGGCGACUCCAAAACAGUGGAGUGUCCCUCCAAACAUGGAGCAACUCCAGAACUGAGAGGCACGGUUAAAGGGGAAGAAUUAGAGCAAGGAUUGCCUGGUUUGCUUAACAUGCAGCAGCAUCUGUUUUUAACUGCCUUGUGGAGAAGUCAUGUCUAGAGACAACAUGACCUUUGCCUGUUGGUUAUUACACAGGCAUUGGAUUUCCUCGUAGGAAACCACCAAACUACAGAUUUAAAAGUAGACCGAUAAGUUUGAGCCCAACAGGCAGAAAGUCCUGUGUUGUUAAAGGCUCUUGGACUGUCAGAUUGAUUUGAUUCUUGCUGUGCACAAAACACAGAGGGGGCUUGACAAAAUGAUUUCACUGUGAGAAAACUAAGUUACUCAUACACCUAAAGAUUUGUCAUUUGAGUACAUCGAUUCCUAUCAAGUGUUUGGACUCACAGAUGAUUUUUGAGGCAAAAAAGAUCAGGAAACCAGCCAGAGUUAUUCUAAAACUCCUGUGUGUCCCGUGCAGUGUUUGCAUGUGCAUCACAUUGGCUUUUAAUAAGAUAGUUCAUCAGCUAAAAUCAUGUUUUCACAACAGUCAAGGCCUGCCGUCGACCGUUUAUUCCAAACGCCUGGAUUUAAUUUCAAAGGCGGAAAAGAUGCUGACAUCCCGUACAACCACUUAACUCCUCUCGUAACAUGCGUGAGUGUUUCCCUUAACACACUGUAAGGCGAUGCAGGUUUUCAUCCUCGUCACUCUAAUGCAACAGCUCCCUCUGCUGCCUCGGCUCAGACCUCAUACUGAUCUUCCAACAGUUUGGGGCACAACGCAAACGUCCUGCACAGGCUUUUAAAUUUUUGAAAAACGAUGAGAGACGCGAUGGCUGUUGACCACGAAAACAGUAGUUUGACAAACAAAAUCUUAACAGGAGAGAUAAUCCUUACUCAAGUUUCGUACGGCAUUAUAGUGGACACAGUGUGGUCUCCUGAUAAAUUCCAACUGCUGAGAAGAUUGUGAGGUGUGGACGAGAGCGCCAGAAAAGCUAGUAAGUGGAGCUUGAGUCACGAUUUUUUAUUUGGUCAAAGUAGGAGAGAUUUUCUCACUGAAUGGUCUUGAAAUGAUUGGAUACAGCACAAGAAAUGUUUUUUUUUUUUUUAAAGACUGGAGGAAAUAUUGUUCAGGCCUAAGAUCUGGUUGCAUUUUGUUGCAAUUUAGUGAAGAAUAAUUUGGCAGUGACUACAGCUGCGAUGAUUAGUCGAUUAAUCGAGUAGUCGAUUGAAAGAAAAUUAAUUUCCAACUAUUAUAAUCGAUUCAUUAUUUUGGUCAUUUUUCAAGCAAAAAUGUCAAACAUUUGCUGGUUCCAGCUUCUUAAAUGUGAGGGUUUUAUGACAGUGAAUGAAGAGUUGUUGGGUUUUGGGCUGUUGAUUGGACAAAUGAAGCAGUUUAAAGACGUAACUUUAGACUCUGGAAUAUUGUGAUGAGCAUUUCCAGCAAUUUUUUGACGUUUUAUGGACGAAAUGAUUGAUUGUGAAAAUAACCGUGAGUUGCGGCCCUUAGAGCGAGGUGACAUUUUUAUGAUAUUGACUUUGUCCAACAAACAAUGUGGAACACCAGAGCUAAAAUCCUCUGCCCCAGUCCAGAAGAUCAGUUUGACAAAAAACAGUUUCUCAGUGUUUUCAUUUCAAAAUGGAAAAUGUGUUGUGACGCCCCCUUUUCUUUGUGUAUGUGUCUUUUUUGUGCGUCUAUGUUUCUGUGUGUUUUAUGUGCACGUACUCAAAACAUUCAUGGCUUCACAGCCUUCUUGCCAGCCUAUACAUGUCACACCAUAAAAUCUCCUGUCUGUGUAUGUGUAUGAAGUCAAAGUUGCGUGGAUCCGCUCCUCGCCUCUUCUGCUGUUUCUGUAUGUUAUGUCUGUAUAUGUGACUGUAUUCAAUAUGUUUUAUAUUCUGUAUUAUAGUUAAUCCUACUGUACCUGUAGCAUGGCUGUUUUUGGUUAUACAGUUUGCCCUGUGCAUGAUAGAGAGUGUGUGUGUGUAGCAAGCAAGCUAUGUUUUUUUACACAGAGGUGAUUUAUGGUAUGAGCCUGUCUGGGUGCUAUCGUGUGUGCCUAUACUCAGUUUUCCUGAACACUGUGACAACUCUGGCAGAACACGUACACAUUGAGCGAAUGGAAGAGACAAAGAUUUACUGUCCUAAUUGUUUUUUUAUGUUUUUAAGUUUUCCAUUUUGUGAGUUGGACUGAGACAUGGAGUGGAAAAAGUAGAAAAAAAAAACAAAACAAAAAAAAGUUGUUGCUCUUAUCUUGAUAACACAAUAAUGUCUAAUAUUCAAUUUGAGUUUUGUAAUAUUUGUAUGUACGUAUGAAAGUUUUGUAAAUUUGUGAUCGUAUGCACGUUUUGGCAUAUGAGUGUAUGUAUCUUCAAAUUUAAAAAUGCUUGUUUCUUUUUGGUUUUGUUUUGCAUGUAGAUCGCCGUUUAGUUUCUUUUGUUUAAAGGUUUUGUUUUUCUGUUUUUUUUUUGGGACCAUGUACAAUACUGUAUAACGUGGGCAGGAUCUUGGACCUCAUGCUACAUUGAUAUUAUAUAUGAAUAUAAAAACAUGUUUUCCCUAUGGAGAAAGUUUUAAGUUAUAUAUCGCCUGUACACUUUGGGCUGCCUUUUAGAUCUAACUGUCCACUGUUUAAGAUAACAAUGAUGAUAAUGGAUACAACAUAUUAAUGAUGAAGAAUUAUGCUGAUGAAAUAAUAAAGAUUCUUAAUAAAUCUUAUUA